AUGGCUGUUAUUGCUCAGAGACAAGGCGACCAUCGGCCAGCUCUCCACUUCACGCCGAGGACAGGGUUCAUGAACGAUCCUAAUGGGCUGGUGUAUACCAAAGGAGUUUGGCAUUUAUAUUACCAACUGGACGACCAACAACUUGUGGCCGGCCGUCCAGAAUGGGGCCAUGCCACGUCGACAGAUCUCUUGCACUGGAAGCGGCAUGAGAAAGCCAUCAAAGCGCCAUCGGAGCAUGAGUCAAUAUGGUCCGGAUGCUGUGUGCUUGAUUGUAACAACACGUCGGGUCAAUUCGACGAGUCAACUGGCCCAGAUGACCGUAUUGUUGCCAUAUUUACACUCCACACCCAAGGGCACCAAACGCAAAAUGUAGCAUUCAGCUCCGAUGGAGGAUAUACAUUCACUGGGCACAAACAUAACCCAGUACUUGAUAUAGGCUGGGCAGAUUUCCGCGAUCCAAAGGUGUUAUGGCAUGCUCCUUCAAACCAGUGGGUGAUGGUUGUUGCAAAGUGUCAUCAAUUCAAGAUUGGCUUCUACAGCAGCCCGGAUCUCAUACAUUGGCAUCAUUUGUCCGACUUUGAAGGCUCCGGUGUCCGCGGGUACCAGUAUGAGAUGCCCAACUUGGUGCAGGUGCCAUUUGAUGACGACAAUCAACGUAAGAAAUGGGUACUUUUCUUGAGUGUUGGCCCUGGUGCACCAUUGGGAGGAAGCUUUACCCAGUAUUUUCUUGGUGAAUUUGACGGCACCAUCUUUACUAGCGAUGACCACUAUUUGCGGACGGCAGAUUUGGGCAAAGAUUGGUAUGCAGCACAGACGUGGUUCAAUUCUCCAGACGGUCAGGCAUAUGGUAUUGGAUGGGCAAGCAACUGGCAGUACUGCAAUCGCGUCCCUGCUGAGCGUUAUCGGUCAGCUAUGUCACUUCCUCGCAAGUUCUCUAUUCGCGAGGUUCCUUUGAACGAAGCCACAAAGUCUUUGUCGCUCAUAUCGCGGCCUGUAGACCUCAAUAUCGUUCGAAUGGCUAGCGAUGAUAUGCCGAUAGCUUUUACCCACGGUUCGGCAAAUGUCAAACCUUCCACAGAAGUCAUAUACCAGAGGCAUAUGCGGGGCUCCGGUUCGUUUGAGUUCAAACUCAAGAUCAAGUCUGGAACGUCCUCUGCAGGGGUGCUUGUGGACAUUGCAAACCCCAGCGGCCACUCGGUCCGGCUUGAUUUCGUAGUCGAGAGGGAAGGAAUGUUCAUUUCUAUGGAUCGAGGGGGAAUCCGUACCGGCUCUUCAUGGCACCAUCCUCUGUUUGAUGACAAGGUCUGUAUGUGGGUUCCAAACACUCAAAGCAUUUACGACGUCCACGUCAUAGUAGAUGCCUACGUGUGCGAGCUGUUUGCCAUGGACGGUGCUUAUGCAUUCACCAAUACUUUCUUCUUGCAAGACGGCGUCGCAUCGAUUUUAAGUGUGUCACAAGACACCGCUGGUACAGAGGUAUUUGAUGUUCAUGAACUCUGUCCGCUGCAGAGAGACCGCUAG